GACAGGUUGCUAGGUAAGAUCUGGGCAGGGGAGCACAGUCAAACAUUGUGCUCCAGCAGGUUGAAGCAACAUGGCAUCAAACUGAACUUUUCUUUUCUGUUUUUUAUUUUUAUUUUUGAAAACUACUUGAAAUGAAGAGUCAGACGCCCAUUGCGCACAGGAGCCCGUGAGCCCGAAGGCAACAGAAGAAUUUGAGUCUGUUCUGCCUCAGCAGCUUCCCCCCUCGCCGGCGCACAAAGGAGGACCUGUCCGCGCGCGGCAGCAGGUAGAUAACUGCGCUCAGGUGAUCUAACGCGAAACUGAACCAUGUGACCAAUGGCGAUUCGAAGAGGAGAAGGAGCAAAGAAAACAAACAAACAAACACCCAACUGCUUUACAUAGGAGCGAACGGGCAGUGCGGUCGAGGAUCUAGUUCGGGAGCUUUUACCGAAGGAGGAUCCCUGCUGUGCCAGUGUUGCUCAGCGGACUGACACCGACCUGUCGCCGCUUCACUUUUGACAAGGUGAGGCGGAAGCGACAUGGUUCGUUCGUGAGGAGGAAAUCCAUCUGCUCCAUGUCUCCCGUUUUGCCUUUGACCACCACCUGGAAACAGCCGGAUCAAGGCUGUUCAAGAAGACGACAUAUCCGCACGCACACACGCAGUGAAUGUUGGGCCUGGUGAAAUGGGCCCGAGCUGACGCCCCGACGACCCCAGUCUGCGUCCCACUUGGUCCCGGGCAGAGAUGGCAGCUCAUCCGGAUGCGCUGGUCAUUCCUGGAGCUGUGGUCGGGAGCGUUUUACUGCUGCUAGUGAGCAGUAACCCCGUGUCGGGCAAUUAUACCACCAUUGCAAAUAACACCCAUUCUAACACGACUACUGAAUACAACAUUGCGGCUAUUGUGGCCCCAGUGGUCACUCUGGGCGUCUUGGCCAUCGUCUUGGCGGUCCUCGGCUGGCUCUUCUGCGUGGUGAGAAAGAAGCGGCAGACCGAAGGGACGUACAGACCCAGUGCCGAGGAGCAGUCCGGUACGAGCAGCGCGGCGGCACCCGACGCACUGAAGCUACCAAAGGAGGAGCGACUCAUUUGAGAUGCUGUGCCUUUACGUUUACGGCGAACGUGUGCGCGGCAGCGCUCCCGUGUGACGAGGCUCUCCCCCUGGAGCUGAAGAGUCUCUCAGGUGUAAGGGAGGACAGCGCGCCAAGUUUGAGGCAUCCUCAACAUGACGCAUUUACUUUCCGCUUCGUUUCGACAAGCACCGCAUGGUCCGUGUGUGGCUCCACGAGGGGACGCACAUGGAGGUAUCUUCCAGUGGAUUUUAAGACAGUUGGACAUUUCAAGUAGUUUUUGUUUUUUUUGUCUUCUGGACAAGUGAAACAGGAGCUCCAGUAUUUUAUCACCACUAAUAAUGUUAACUUGACAUUUUUACUUCUUUCAGUUGCCUUAAUUUUCAAAUGAUAAUGCACCAGCACAUGAUUUGAUUCAUUUAAAAAAAGAAUAAUACUAUCACUGGCAAAAUCUACACUUAUCCUUUACCUCAAACAAUUUUUUUCCCCCACUAAGUCCCGAGGAGUCCGUUACAUUUAAAAUUGAUAAUUUAUUUUUGCCUAACAAUGAGAGUAAUCAAACAUCGAACCUGCUGUUGUGUGAUUAAAACAAGGCUACAGUGGGAACUUAUACUCAGCAAAAAGCAAACAGUUGUUUACACUUGAAGUAUUCUUUGAAUAAUCGUCAUUUGAAAAUUUUCACAGAUAAUGCAUUGUUAUAAAGAAGAUGUGUUUUAAAGUGUCACAGCAUAUUUAUUAUUGAUUUUUUUUGUCAAAUUAAUAACAACAUAUUUGUGUAAUAGGUGAGUGAUUAAAUCUAAAUUAGCAUUUACAAA